AUGGGACAGCAUGUGGGAGCGCUAUCCGCCGCGUUUCUGGCACUCUCGUGGUGUCUGCUUCCAGUUGCGGCUGUGGGAAAGUUGUGCCACGAAGAAGAAAAAGUGGCCAAGCUAGUGGAAAACACCAGCCAGAUCCUGCAGUACGGCAGCACCACGUACUACUGCAUGUUCAGUGAGCACAGCAUCCGAAUUUCGGUUCCGGUUGAUCAGUUGAGCUGUUCCCUGGACUACGAGGUACACAAGAAGCCGGUCUGUUGCGAGGGAUACCACGCAGUCGGAUCGGAGUGUUCGCCGACGUGUCGCUUCAAGUGUGUUUUCGGCCACUGCGUCGGUCCGGAUACGUGCGAGUGUUACAGUGGCUAUCGUAAGGUGGACGACCAUCGUUGCGAGCCGAUCUGUGCGGCACCUUGUGAGCACGGCCAGUGUGUAGCACCGGAUGUCUGCCUUUGCGAGGAAGGUUACGAGCGUGAAGCGGUCAGUGGGUUAUGCCACCGGAAAUGUGACCGGGUGUGUCGGUUUGGCCGUUGCGUAGACGAUGUCUGCCAGUGCGACGAAGGAUACCGCCCAGAUCCGGUCGAUGGCGAUGCCUGUGUUCCGCAGUGCGACGAGCCCUGCCAGGAUGGCGUUUGUGUUCUACCGAACGUGUGCCAGUGUGCGGCAGGAUACACCAUUUCGACCGAAUCCAAGUUCCGCUGUGAGCCGGUCUGCGCCGACGGCUGUGUCAACGGAAACUGCACCGGUCCGAACGAGUGUCGCUGCGACGAGGGAUACGAACAGGACGCGACUAGCCGCUGUGUGCCCGUCUGUGAGGAAUCCUGCCAGGGUGGCCAUUGUGAGGCACCGGAGCGCUGUAGUUGUGCUGAGGGCUACAGUGUGAGCCAGGAUAGCGGUUCCGUUUGCGUGCCAACCUGUGCCAAUCCUUGCCAGAAUGGGGACUGUGUAGCGCCCAACACUUGCGUGUGCCGGCUUGGCUAUCGGGUCCUGGAUCCCGGAUCGCCCCACGUCUGCGUCCCGGAGUGUGUGGCCGGAUGUGCCAACGGUCAGUGUGUUGAGCCCGGCGUUUGCCAGUGUGCCGAGGGGUUUGCCUUCAACGAAACCCUCGGAGUCUGUCAACCGAACUGCCAACAGCCAUGCGCGAACGGCGUUUGCAUCGGUGGAAAUCGGUGCCAGUGUAACGACGGCUAUCAGCUGGAUCCGAAAACGACGAACAAAUGUGUUCCUCGCUGUCCCAAGGCCUGCGUCCACGGGGUCUGUGUGGCUCCGGGUGUUUGUGAGUGUAAAAAAGGGUACGUCAAGAGUGAGAACAGCCGGACGGUGUGUGAACCACAGUGCCCGAAAGGAUGCUCGAACGGGCGCUGCGUGGCACCGGAUCAUUGCGAGUGCCUGAAGGGAUACUUUGCCACCACAAGCUCCAUCAACUCGAAGGUUUCCAUCUGCACGCCGUACUGCCGCAACAAGUGCCUCAACGCGUACUGUAUCCGGCCCAAUGUCUGCCAGUGUCUGGCAGGUCACCGGUUCGCCGCCAACAGUAGCAACGUCUGCGAACCGAUCUGCGACGAGCUGGUGGUGGAUUGUACGCACGGCCGCUGCACUCAGCCGAACGUUUGUGAAUGCAACGAAGGCUACAGCCUCGGUAUCCGCAACGGGCGGAUGAUCUGCGAACCGGUGGCCUGUGGGGAGCGGUGCGUCAACGGGUACUGUGUGGAGGAAGGACGCUGCCAGUGCCAUCCGGGAUAUCGGCGAUCGAACCACUACGCAACGGUCUGCGAACCGGUGUGCGACGGUGGCUGCUCCGACGGAGUCUGUAUCGCUCCGAACGCUUGUGUCUGUAAUGAAGGCUUCGAGCAGGACCACUCUGGCCGCUGUCAGCCUAUCUGCGACCCGGCCGUAGUUGACUGCUACAAUGGCGCUUGUUUCGGAUCGAAUCGAUGCCAGUGCUUCGAGGGUUACUACCUUCGUGCUCCUGCGACCGGUGGUCCUAUGGAGUGUGUUCCGGUUUGUGUCGGAGGAUGCAGCAACGGAAGGUGCCUGGCCCCGAAUGAGUGUGUCUGUGACGAGGGUUACGAAUUCCACACCGAAACGAACCGCUGCGAGCCAGCCUGUUUCCCGGAGUGUCUAAACGGCCUGUGCGUAGAGCCGAACGUGUGCAAGUGUCUCGAGGGAUUCCUCCCGGCGGAAGUGGCUUCCCAGGAGCAACCUCUGAACGAAUGUGUCCCGCACUGUGACCCUGCUGUGGUCGACUGUUCGUAUGGGAUUUGUGGUGGUCCCAAUGCUUGCCGUUGCUUCGAUGAUUUCUAUUCCACCGCCGAUCCCGUGACCGGAGUGCAAACGUGUGAACCGGUUCCAGAGCCUCCGGGAUGUGGUGAAAGUGUUGCCGUGCCGUUCAGCCAAGAAUGUGUUUGUGAGAGAUCCACCCCAUGCCCUAGCUGUCCAGAGGGAGUUCCGGUGUGCAACGCAACGUGUCCCUCGGUGCCAUCGACGACUCCGUGCCCGGAGGUAGUCUGCCCCACCGUUGCACCUAUCAGGCCCUGCCCACCAGUUGUGCCAUGUCCGGAAAAGAAUUGCCUAAACCCAGCACCGUCGUUGUGUUCGGAGUGGCCAUCUCCGGACCCGUUCUGCGAUGAACUGUACGUGAACUGUACCUACGGCGAUUGUAUAGAGCGGAACGUGUGCUCCUGUCACUACGGGUACGAGUUGGCCAUUACUCCCGAAUCUGUAGUCCACUGUCAGCCCGUAUGUACUGGCGGUUGCGGUGCCCACGGUGUCUGCGUAAACCCGGAAGAGUGCGUUUGCCAUCCUGGGUACACCCAGACGUCCGACGGUCUUUGUGAGCCGUUCUGCGAGAACGGCUGUGACGCGGAUGCGUAUUGUGCCGAACCCAACCAGUGCCAGUGUCGGGAUGGGUUUUCGGAGGACGUUGAGGGAAUUUGCCGACGACGGUGUGUCCUGGGCUGCGUUGACGGUGAGUGCGUCGAUGGACAGUGCUUCUGCCACGAGGGUUCCGUACUGCGCGGUGGACACAUCUGCGUCGAGUCGACAGCGUGGCAAGUCUACGAUGCUAAAGAUGACCUAGAAGUGGUAGUUCCCGAGCUGCCCAAAGUUGGUCCCCGUUGGCAGCUCUACGACGAACAGGAUGCCAGUGGUGACUGUGCUGCCGAAUCGCAGCAGGAUUGUGCGGAAGGAUUUCGAUUUGUGCCGGAAACGAAAAAGUGUAGCCCUGCCGUUCUAGUCUCCGGUGGCAAUUGUCUCGUUGGUGGCCAACCGUCAUCAGAACCCGGGUCCAGUUUGGAGCUGGAUGAAACGUUUGCCAGGAUCGAGAACGCGGAACUACUCGUUCCGGUGCAGACGGCGGAGUCUGGCUUCUUGUCGUCGAUCGAUCGUGAUCAGUGGAUCCUAAUAGCAGUGAUCGUAAGCUGUGCGAUCAUCGUCGUGACGGUAGCCGUGUUGAUGUCCAAGUGCAUGAAGCGAAGAAACACCAUGGAAACGACCAUCGACUAG